AUGUAUAAAUCCUCAACGCCAAUAAUCCCACCAUCUAAUUAUAUAUUACCAAUAAAAACACCCGCAACAUCCAUUUAUAAUAAUUCUAAACUACUGUUAUCACCAUCAUCGUCAAUAUCACCAAAUAAACUGUUAUCAUCAUAUGAACUGGAUUUCGAUGUUAUUGGUAUAACUAAUGAAGCGAAUCAUUGUCAUUUAAAUGAUAAUGAUGAUAGUAAUAAUGGUGAUGAUAUCUGUGGAGAUCAACCAUUAGAUUUAUCACUGAAACGGAACACACCAAAUGAUCAAAUACCUUCUCCCUCUUCAAUUUCUCCGUCAAAUUCGUUGCAGCCUCGACCUUCAGUCAUACAAAACGGCUAUGUACAAAAGAAGUGCGAUAUGCGCCGAUCAUCAUCAUCGGUCACUUCACGACAACUGUCUGAACCAGAUGUUUCGGAACAUUUUCGACGAUCACUUAGUGGUAAAUGGCCAAGAAAGCACUGCAGUAACAAUUAUUAUAAACCAACACAGUUUUGUGACAAUGAAAGGUCACUAAAUGGUCCAACUGUUCUUCAAAGAAAACCGAAAAAUUCAUUCAUUAUGAGUUCUUCUAUUAUGAAUUCUCCUGCAAAAAUUAUAGUCAAUAAUUCUGGCGUCGAAAUUGAAGAUCAUUUUCGUAAAGCUCUCGGUGCCGAAGCAUAUGAGCUUCUGCGAAAAAAACGUAUAGAAAAGUUCCAUGCCAAUGAUUAG